AUCCAUUCCAAUUAAUUAUACUUUUUUCACUAUAAAUAUCCAUGCAAUGUUUCCAGUUUGCUAAACUAACUGUUCAAAAUGAAAAUUCUUGCUGUAUCCUUAUUUGUGCUAUUUGCAAUCUACCAAGCUCAUGCAAGUGAGCUUGUUAGUGAUUUGGUGGAAAAUGAAAGCUCUGAUGGUGAAAAUGAAUUAAUAGAUUUAAAGGAACGUGCAAUUGAUGAAGAAAUGGAAAAUGAAAUAGCUAAGAGAUUCCUUGCUAAGCUCUUUAGCAACAAGAAAGGUAUAAGUAAAGCUCAAUGUGCACUUUGCGCUGUAGCCCCAGCAAGCAAAAGAUGUCAAAGAGUGAAAAAGUUGUGCAUGAUGAAACAUAAAAUUUUCAUUAUGCCUAAAAAAGUGUGAAAAAGUAUACAUGUCAAUGAAAUUGAGAUUUGAAUAAAUACUUUCAAACAUAUUUAAAAGCAAA